GUAAUAUACAUGCGUGGUCUUUAUCAGUGAGCGCCAGCCGGUAGUAGCACACACACACACACAGACACACACACACACACACACUCUCUCUCUCUAUCUCUCAGGGUGUCAGUCAGAAACACAGUCGCCUCUUGAAGACACACAGCACUGAAGUGACUGGUAACCAUGACGGGGCUUCUGCUCCUGUGUCUGCUCCUCCUGCUUCAAGGUCAGAGGUCGUCAGCAUGCCCCCACCUUUGCUCCUGUCAUGGUGGUCAGGUGAACUGUAACGGCAGGUCUCUCACCUCCUACUCGCUGCCUGCCAGCUUCCCUGCCGGGACCACCGAGCUCCAUCUCCACAACAACUCGCUGGCCACACUCCCUAACGGGCUCCUGGAUGAUCUGACCUCUCUCCGCUCUGUCUCCCUCCACGGUAACCCCUGGGUGUGUGACUGUGGUGUCCUGUACCUGCGAGCCUGGCUGCUGCGUCAGCCCGCCGGCCUCCAAUCACACCUGGGCGUCAACUGCAGCUCCCCUCCAGGCUUGAGAGGGCGGCUGGUGGUGUAUUUAACAGAGGAGGAGGUCCUGGAGUCCUGCCACUACUCGUACUGUGACCUGGCUUUGGCCUCACAGGUGUGUUUGUUUGUGUUUGUGGUGGUGCAGGCGGCUCUGCUGGUGGCCCUCAUCGUGUUCCUGAAGAGAUUCGAGAGGCUGUCCAAAGAGGCGAGGAGAACCACAGAGGAGAGCUUCACAGCCGGGGAGGGUCAGAGGGACUACACAACUUUAAAGGACAGCCGCAUCUGAGCCCAUGACAUUUUCUUUCGUUUCUGCGGUUUACAGCUCCCUUCCUUUUCCCAGCGAUAUAAUUUUUCUUCUGAAUCUUAUCACUGACUCGCUUGGUAAAGCCUUUUCCUCUCUUUCCUGUGAAAUAUUCUUUCAUAAAAGUAGCAAGGAUAACAAAAAUCAAGAAAGAGUUCUUCAACGGUAAAUAAAUAGUUGUGUUCAAAAUAUGUUGUGAGUGGUUGAAAAAUAUGUUCAUUUUUUUGUAAAUUACGAUAAACAUGUAUUUGGCAUUUCAGAACUUCGGCUACUUGUCAUUUACUAGCCAACAUAUAUGCCAGUUCUUCUGGACCUAAGAAUUUAAAAAUUAAAAAUAAAAUAUAUUAUUAUUAUAGGAGAAUCCAUUAUUGGUUCCCAAUGGGAAAAAUUCUGGCCUAAAUCAUAACAUAAUAACUAAUGAUGAUAUUGGCACUAAUGGGAUUGUAGUAAUGUAAAGUCCAGUCAUUUUUAAAUAUAACCCAAUAUCAAGUCACACAUUUUUCCUCAGGGGUCUUUUACAACCUUUAAAGGGUUUCUAUACCCCCUGUUCUUACAGCCACUUGUACUCAUUUCACUCUUUCUCAAUUAAAGUAUUUGUUUCAGUGUUCUGUGGUCAAUGGAUGUAUCAGUCAACAUUUGUGAAAUUAGCACUUUGAGAUGCUUUAUUUGUUGAUGUGAGAGCAUUUAAAGAUAAUCUUUAUUAAAGAAUGAGACAUGUUUAAUGUUAAUUUUACAUGUGGCAGUUUUAUUUGUUUUCCUAAUGACAUUAAAUUUUAACAUUUAUUUCAGAUGUAAAAUUGGCCAUUCUCUACUUUAUUGUGAUAUUUGUUUAUCAGAAAAAAAUAUUCUUAUUGUGCCAUUAUUUGCGUGUCCCACAUACAGUGUUAGAUAUUUCUUUUUUGGACUACAUUCCUGUGAAAGGUUUAUUUAAAAGGUAUUUACAAUGCAUUAGCCACACUGAAAAUUUAUUUGUCAAUAUACAUUCUUAAUACAUUUUAUUGUAUUAUGGACCAAAUAAAUAAAGACAUGCGGAACCUUU